CCACAUACAUGUGCUGACGUCGAAGGCUUGAACCCCAGACCUGUGGUAACCCUCUCUAACGGCCUGGAAGUCGUCUGUGACACGGUGACCGCGAAUGGAGGCUGGAUCGUGAUACAGAGACGAGCUUCGGCUGACGUGGACUUUUACCAGGGCUGGGCAAGCUACAAGUACGGCUUUGGCGACCCCCAUGGCAAUUUCUGGCUGGGUCUGGAGAAAGUCCACCAGUUAACAACCCAGAGGCGGUAUGAACUUCGGGUCGAUCUGGGCUUCAACGGCAACACGUAUUAUGCUAGUUACAGUAACUUUUCUCUGCAUGGUGAACCGGAGAACUACGCCCUACAGAUAGCCGGGUAUUCUGGCAACGCUUCAGACCCACUCACAGCCCUCAACGGCACGCCCUUCUCAACCAAAGACCGAGACAACGAUGCCUAUUCCAGUAGCUGUGCAGCAACGUACCACGGAGCUUGGUGGUAUACCUCAUGUCACGAAAGUAAUCUCAACGGGGACUGGGGAAACACAAAUUAUGCUUUGGGCCUGACUUGGCAUCCACUAACAGGUUAUCAUGACACUGUCUCCUUCAGCGAAAUGAAAAUCCGACCGCUUGAUAACUGACAACAUUGCGACACUGACAGUUACUUAAUUUGAUUGCUUUUUAGAAAUCCAUUUGUUUGUUUGUUUGUUUGUUUCCGUGCUUGUUUUGUUGUUGUUGUUGUUGUUGUUGUUGUUGUUGUUGUUGUUGUUGUUGUUGUUGUUGUUGUUGUUUUCAGUGGGAGGUAAACAACACUGAUACAACAAUAGCAAGAUUGCAAAAAUGUAAACCUGUAUUCUUUCCAUCUUUGCGGUCAAUUUUUAUGUGUUCGUGACAGUGGUUUUCCCCCCCCCCCCUUCUUACUU